GCACCCAGACACCAAUCACUGCCCUUCGAUCAUCCUCGCGUACAAAGCAACCGGCAUGGCAAUGGGCUCACUGAGCUUGCUGCUGCUCUUGUUGAUAUCCACCGCAUCAGCAGACGACGAGGCCGCGCUGCUGGCCUUCAAGGCUGCGGCGAUCGGCGGCAACAGGUACGGAGACCCACUUGCUUUGUGGAACAAGAGCAGCGCCGGUGGGUACUGCAGCUGGGAGGGGGUGAGGUGCCAGCAGCGACAAGUUGUGGAGCUGAGCCUGACCUCCCGCGGGCUAGAAGGUGUCCUCUCGCCAGCCAUCGGUAACCUGUCAUCUCUUAGAGUUCUAAACCUGAGCAACAACGCGUUCCACAAGGACAUACCCGCGAGCCUCGGGCGCCUGCGCCACCUCCACACCGUUGACCUAAGCAGCAAUGUUUUCUCCGGUAAGAUCCCUGCCAACCUCAGCUCCUGCCCCAACCUAACCACCCUGUUAUUCUACUCCAACCAGCUCAGUGGGUCCGUACCUUUCGAGCUUGGUGACAAGCUAACACGCCUCAAGAAUCUCAUAGUGUACAAAAACAACCUCAUCGGCGGCAUUCCAGCGUCGUUGGCUAACUUGUCAUCAUUACUUGUGCUGUCUCUCUCAUUCAACCAGCUCGAGGGUACCAUCCCUCCGGGCCUUGGUGGCAUCCUCAGCCUCCGGCACCUCGACCUCGCCUUUAACAGACUCUCUGGUGAUCCCCCAGCCUCACUGUACAACCUAUCUUCAUUGGAGAUGUUGCAAAUUCAAGGAAACAUGCUCCGUGGAAGCAUUCCUGUGGACAUUGGAAAAAGGUUCCCCAGCAUGUUGAUUCUUAGACUUGCUACGAACCAGUUCACCGGGUCCAUCCCUGCUUCACUUUCCAACCUCACAACACUUAAAGAACUUGAACUUCAAGAAAACGGGCUCAGUGGACAUGUACCUAGCACCAUGGGGAAACUUCAAGGGCUGCGACGUCUGAACCUGCAGCACACCAACCUAGAAGCAGACAAUAAGGAGGGGUGGGAGUUCAUGACUUCACUAUCAAAUUGCAGCCAGCUCCAGCAUUUACUUAUCGGCAGUAACACUGCCUUCACUGGGCAGAUUCCUAGUUCAAUAGGGAACCUCUCAACAACCCUGCGAACCCUCAUGUUGGCCGACACUGGAAUAUCAGGGACCAUACCCUCAUCCAUUGGCAACUUGGUGAACCUUGAAUACCUCCAUAUGGCGAAUAAUACCAUAUAUGGUGUGAUUCCUGAGAGCAUCGGUAAGCUAGGAAACUUGGUUAUGCUAGCUUUAUACAACACAGAUUUGUCAGGCUUCAUACCUCCAUCUAUCGGAAAUCUCACAAGGUUGAUUAGCCUUAAUGCAUACAGUGGCAAUUUGGAGGGGCCGAUUCCAGCAAGUUUAGGGAAGCUGAAGAAUCUGGUAGCCCUGGAUCUAUCAAUGAAUCGGCUAAACGGUUCCAUUCCCAUAGAGAUAUUCAGACUGCCACUUCUUUCUAGGUACUUAGCUUUCGUAUACAAUUCACUAUCAGGACCUCUUCCUUCAGAAGUUGGUAGAUUACGGAACCUUAACGCCCUGGCUUUGACUGGAAAUCAAUUGUCCGGUACGAUACCUGAUAGUAUUGGGGAGUGCACUGUGCUACAAAGCCUUUGGUUGGACAAUAAUUCAUUCGAAGGAAGCAUACCUCCAUCUGUAAGAAAUUUGAAAGGUCUGACUACACUCGAUCUGUCAAUGAAUAAGUUAUCUGGUAUUAUUCCUGAUGCCAUCGGAAGUAUCAGCAACCUUCAAGUGCUAUUUCUUGCUGACAACAAUCUUUCAGGACCAAUCCCUACACUACUGCAGAAUGUAACGUCACUGAUAGCAUUGAAUCUAUCAUUCAAUAAUCUGCAAGGGGAAGUGCCGAAAGAAGGCAUUUUCAGAUAUGUGGCUAACUUUUCAAUCACUGGAAAUAGUGAGCUUUGUGGUGGAAUACCUCAGCUUAAUUUAGCUCCAUGCAGCACAAUAUCUGUUAAGAAUAAUAGAAAAGGGAGGUUGCAGUCCCUUAAAAUAGCUAUGCCAAUCAUCGGUGCACUCUUGUUAUUAGGUAUCAUUAUUGUACUCUUUCAUCUGACCAAUAAGACUAGAAGAAGGCAGAAGAGGCCAUUCUUAUCACCAAUAACUGAGAAACAAAAUGAAAGAGUUUCUUAUCAGGCACUAGCAAAUGGUACUGAUGGAUUUUCAGAAGCCAACUUGCUUGGUAAAGGAAGCUUUGGGGCGGUCUACAAAUGCACUUUCCAAGAUGAGGGAACUAUUGUUGCAGUGAAGGUCUUUAACCUCGAACAAUCAGGAUCCACUCGAAGUUUUGUGGCUGAAUGUGAGGCUCUGAGCAGGGCACGGCAUCGGUGUCUUAUUAAAAUCAUCACCUGCUGCUCAAGCAUUAAUCACCAAGGUCAAGAGUUCAAGGCAUUAGUUUUUGAGUUCAUGCCAAACGGUAGCUUGAAUGCUUGGCUUAAUCCAAACUCUGACAUGCCCAAUCUGACAAAUACUCUAAGCCUAGAGCAAAGGCUAGACAUUGCUGUAGAUGUCAUGGAUGCUUUAGACUAUCUUCACAAUCACUGUCAGACACCAAUUGUUCACUGCGAUCUGAAACCAAGCAACAUCCUUCUUGCAGAAGACAUGAGUGCCCGAGUUGGAGAUUUUGGCAUAUCUAGAAUCCUUCCAGAAAGUGCAAGUAGAACCUUGCAAAAUUCAAAUAGCACAAUUGGAAUAAGAGGCUCCAUUGGUUAUGUUGCGCCAGAGUAUGGUGAAGGCUCUGCGAUCUCCACUAUUGGCGAUGUGUAUAGUCUCGGUAUAUUAUUACUUGAGAUGUUUACUGGAAGGAGCCCCACAGAUGACAUGUUCAGAGAGGUGGAUCUGCAUCAGUAUUCCAAGCAAGGGCUUAGUGAAAGAAUAUUGGAUAUUGCUGAUUCGACAAUCUGGCUGCAUGUAGAGUCAAAGGAUAGCAUUAUAAGGAGCACAAUAAAAAAUUGCUUGGUUUCUGUUUUCAGGCUUGCCAUAUCCUGCUCAAAGCGAAAUCCAAGGGACCGAAUGAUGAUGAAAGAUGCAGUAGUAGAGAUGCACGCAAUCAGAGAUUCUUACCACAAGUUUUCCUGCUAGGUUGAGAAGACACACCACUUAGGUCAUUUGCAUGAGAAAUGAUCACAGCUGGAGGUAGAACAG